AUGGUGUUUCAACAUGUUCCGGUGUACAUGGGUUGUGCCAUAUUCAACACUAUAGACGAGAAAACCACAAAAAGUGACGUGCGGGGGAAUCACGUUGUAGCGUUGAUGGGGCAUUUUUCCUCGAUGUUCAAUGGGUUGGCACGGUCGUUUUCAAUGAAGAUAAGAAGGAAGAAUGAGAAAUGUGGAGGGAGGGAAGCUGCUGAAGCAAUGGCAAAGGAGGCUAAGAGGAAUGACAUGAUGCUGUGUAGCUCUGGCAUAGUUCAUGUCGAUGGUUCAAACAACUUUGCCUCCGUUUUCUCCAAAAGAGGUCAGAAAGGAGUGAACCAAGAUUGCUGCAUAGUGUGGGAGGAAUUUGGAUGUCAAGAGGACAUGAUCUUCUGUGGGGUUUUUGAUGGGCAUGGACCAUGGGGUCACUUUGUGGCUAAAAGAGUAAGAGAGUCAAUGCCAUCAUCUUUGCUAUGCAACUGGCAAGAGACACUAGCCCAAACUUCAGUUGAUUCUGGAAUUGAUGUAGAGGAAGAGAAAAGGCAACUAUACCGAUUCAACGUGUGGAAGCACUCUUAUUUGAAGACUUGUGCUGCCAUUGAUCAAGAACUGGAGCAGUACCGCAAGAUAGACUCAUUUUACAGCGGAACAACUGCCCUAUCCAUUGUUAAACAGGGUGAACUCAUUGUCGUAGCAAAUGUUGGUGAUUCUCGUGCUGUGUUGGCUACAACAUCUGAUGAUGGAAGUUUGGUAGCGGUUCAACUAACAGUCGAUUUCAAGCCCAAUUUACCUCAGGAGGCAGAGAGGAUAAUUGAGUGCCAGGGGCGUGUGUUCUGCCUAGAGGACGAGCCAGGGGUGCAUAGGGUGUGGUUACCUGAUGCAGAAUCUCCAGGACUAGCCAUGUCUAGGGCCUUUGGUGACUACUGCAUUAAAGGGCAUGGUCUAAUUUCUGUGCCUGAGGUAACACACAGAAAUAUAAGUACUAGAGACCAAUUUGUUGUGCUAGCCACUGAUGGGGUUUGGGAUGUAAUAUCUAAUAAAGAAGCAGUGGAAAUCGUAUCUUCAACAGCAGAUAAAGCUAAGGCUGCUAAACGUUUGGUGGAGUCUGCGGUGCGUGCAUGGAAACGCAAGAGAAGGGGCAUUGCCGUGGAUGACAUUUCAGCUAUUUGUCUUUUCUUUCAUUCCUCCCUGUAA